UUGGACGCUCAUCUCCUCUCCUCUCCGUCUGAAAUUUGUUUGUUACUUGAUAUAUAUUAUCAGUUUGCAAGCUCGGCACGACCAAGUGGCAAGUUUACAAUUCAGGUUUAAGUCCAUCUGUUGAAGCAUCUGUCGAUCUGAUCAGGCAUAAUGAGUGUGACAGAAGAGCCAAUACAAGGGUAUCACUCGCAACUAGACCAACCACUGAGAGAGAAACUUGAUAUUCCAUUGGAUCAUCUUGACUAUGGCUACAUAGGAAAGAGCACUAAUGUCCGAGAACUUGAAAAAAUACUCCGUGUGCUCAGAUCUGGUGAAGAAGGAGUCUACCCAGACUUAACCCAGUAUUGUGUAGACCGGAUUAAAAGUAUGGAUAUAGAUAAUAAAGCCAUAAGAAAGUCCAAGCCAGUAGAGACCGCUGCAAGUUUGCCUACAGAAGAGUGGAAAGAAAUUGAGAGUGAUCUUUCUAAUUGGUCAGAUAACAUCAAAACGAAGGAGAAGAACUUGAGAGAUGCGGGAGUUAGUGGAAUUGGCUCUCACAACCUGCCACCAGUGAGAGCUGCUGCAGACCAUACAUACAGUAGUGUAAGAAAUGUGGAAGGAAUGCAGCAAGACCAGCAGAAAAGUCGGUCCAUUAACCUAGACACCAGUGCAUGUACUACAGAAGGUUAG